AUGGUGGCUCACGGUAUUCCGCUCAACACUCUUAAGGACUGUCUCAUGUUCCUGGAGUGGUUGCAUAACGGGAAUGGGAGGCAGAGGCUUGAAGAGGUGUGCCGGAAUUUAUAUAGUCGUAUUAAUAACUAUUUCACUCCCACAUUUCUUCCAGAACACAACGUUAAAGAGGGGUUGCGCCCAUUCCUCAGCGCCGUGUCAAAGUUUUAUGGGAGAUUGUGCUACGACCCAAAGCCCGGCACUUAUAACAGUGUAAAGGAAAAACAAAUCGCCGAUGCCCUUCUCGAAUGUAUCCCCAAGUUCCUCGCAGCGAUAUACUAUUUGGAGUACUGCGUAAAUCCGACAUUCAAAACGCUGGGUGGAGGGUGGUGGGAAAAGAACUGGACUGGGUGGGAAGAGGAUCGGCCGUAUUUUUGGACGUACCCAAAGUAUGGCGGUGACCUGCAGAAAUAUCUCAGAGCGCAAAUAGGCGGCGAGUACGGAGGCCUCAUACCCGGGGGCUUCGGUGAAAACGAGGUGAAAUAUAACCCAAAUGUGUUGCACCGUGGCUACCCUCAGGGUGCUCAAAUGGCUCCGGACCUUGCAAACAUUUUAAGCAAAGGAAAUUAUAAUUUCUUCCGCAGCGUGUUUGUCACUUCCGUCAUUGGCAAUUCGGCCAGUCGUAAAGAGAACACGGCAAACACUCUUGCAUUGGUGAGAACCUUUUGCGAUAUUGUUGGAGGAGAGUCACGUGAUGAAGGCGGCACAUUAAAAAAGAAAUUGGAAGAAGGCCAUGGAUUAAUAAAAAUCCCAAGAUCCAUAUGCUGGCAAGAUUUAAAAACCCACUGCGCUGAGCUUAGAAAGAAACUCGGCAAGCUUUUCAACGACGAUAAACGCUUCGACUUCACGGGCCAGUCGACGGCAAUUAAAGACCUUCAGCAAGAGGAGCUGGCGAAGGAAACUGCGAAAUGGUUGAGAGAGAAUGUGACCAAGGUGCGGGGGCAUUUAAAUAAAAUAAAGGAAUACACUACCGGCGAUUUUGGAGAUUAUUACACUAAAAAUCUCUUUCCCUACGGAUUCACAUUUCGAGACCGUUUCAAAAUACAGCCAAGCGAUGUGCCGAAUUUGGCAAAGGAUUUGUCCGGUGUAAUAAAUGCGCUUCGCGAAGGGACUAAUGGCGAUUUAGAUAGGCUUGUGGAGAUUUUGAAUGGAACUUAUCAAGGAGUAUGCAAGGUCCCAGAGCCUCCGCCUGCCAAGGUCCCCGAAGCCCCUCCACCAGGAACUGAAGGAAGUCCCAACCAAGGCAAGAAAAGUGAGGGAGCGCAGAACCAGGGCAAGAAAGUGGAGGGACCUCCACAUCAAAAUAAUGGUCAAAGUGGAGAUACGUCUCCACCUUCAUCAGGUGGAAAGUCUGUUGUUCCAGCUUCGAGUCCCGGUAAGGAUGGAGCUCCAGGGAAGCCAGGGCCUACUGGUUCCGCAGCUCCGUCGUCUUCUUCGACUCCAGGUUCAUCAAGCAAACAAGCUGUUGUAACUUCACCUCAAGACUCUGUGGCAUCGCCAGUUCCUCCCCCUCCGCCAGCUACCCCCAGUCCUGCUGGACCACCUGGAACUCCCGGUAAGUCAGGUGCCACGGGUCAGGAUUUACCGACCGGUGAUGCUCCAAGUCAAAAGCCUGAUGCCGCUCAAGGCCCUGUGCUUACUCUGCCUACGAGUGUUUCCACUUCAAGCUCCGCACCGCCUGGUGGUGGAGGGGCUGUGCAAGGCGCCGACGUAGGCGGUGGUCAAAAUGGUAGUCAACCAGGUACUCAACUAGUUACUCAACCAACAAGUAAAGACACCGAUCAGAAUCCAAGCAGCGUCACUACUACGGCGGUUGCCACGGCGUCUGGUGGAGGUGGGAGCGGAUGA